GUCCAGGCUGUCUCGACCCCGUCCAUAAUUUUGGCCGCGGGUUCUCAGAUUUUUUUGGUAUGUAAUAUACGAGUUGUGUCUGUGCUGGUAAUAAAUUGAGAAUGCGUGGAGGUUUUGAGUUGACACGUUUCCUGUAAUGCUCUUGAUCACACUUUUCACCAAUAUCAUUGGUGUGGUGACCAUUGCUCUUGUAUCCAUAGUUUCCAUCUUGGGCAUAAUCUGUCUAAGCCGAUCAGUGCAUUUUCAACUUUGGAUCAAAACGAGAGGCUACCAACGUCUUAGCUAUUUCAAUGGGCCAUGGCUUACACGAAUAACACUAAUAGUGGUUGCAUUCUGGUGGGGUAUCGGAGAAGUACUUCGGCUCACUUUUGUGAAUGGAGAAGGAAUGUUUACUUCUGACCGUACAUGGCAAGCUAAUGUCUGCAAAUUCUACAUCAUCUCAAAUUUGGGAUUUGCGGAGCCAGGAUUAUUCUUGUUGCUCGCUUUCCUUCUCAGUGCAGCUUUGCAGAAGCAAGAGCUUGGAACCUUAAACCACAAAUGGAAUCGGAAGACUAUACGUGCCAUGCUUAUUAUCUGCUUCCCUUCACUUCUUUGGGAAGCUUGUGUUGUUUUUAUUGGUCCUCGUGUUGCUUCAGAUGAUGGGCAGACAUCAAAUCUUGCAAAGUACUGGUAUUCAGCCUCAGCCGACCACCAGGGCAAUGUUGCAUGCACAUACCCGUUGCUCAGCAGCAUAUUUCUUGGGGCAUUCUACAUCAUCUUAAUCAUUUAUGUGAUGUUUGUUGGAGGUCAGAUGUUAUCAUUGGUGAUCAACAAGGGGCUUCGACGAAGGAUAUAUAUGCUAAUAUUUGCUACCGCAAUAUUACUUCCUCGAGCCGCACUACUUGGGCUCUCUAUUGUUCCAUGGCCAGGUGAAAUAGCCCAUGAAUCUCUUGUGUUCGUCUCCUUUCUGGUGUUGAUGUUUGCUGCCAUGGUCGGUAUUGUGAUUCUGGUAUAUUUCCCGGUUGCUGAUACCUUAGGAGCUCAAGAGCAUGUUGAGAUGCAAGCAAGACAGGCAAUUAUGUUAUGACUCUUAGCUUUGUGAUUUCACUUUUUAGCCAAUUGUUGAUGGACAAACUGAUGUUGAUUAUGUUGGUUGCUUCCCUGGCUGCAUGUUGUCCCGGGGAUUUUGUAAACAUAGAAGAGGUUAAAAUAGGAGCAAUUCUUUUAUUCUUUUUCUAGACAUGUUGGUGUGGAGAAGUUUUGUAAAAUAGUAUAUUUAGAGUAGUGAAAUCAGCCAUGUUUUGCCUA